CAUGCCUACUACCCCCUCUCAUCAAAAUCCAACGGCAUAUCAUCUUCUCGCGCUCAACUCCGGCGGCAAUCAAAUCACGCGCUCGGCGACGACGGCGAUGCUACGGGAGCUCCAGGCGCUGUGCAGGGUCCACGGCCUCCCCACCGGUGGCUCCAGCGCCGACCUCGCCGACCGCCUCGCCGCUCUCGUCAUCCUCCCGGGGCGUGGUGAUGCGGCGGCGGCGGCGGAGAUGACCGCGGCGAGGUGGGGUGGGAAGGGCUGCUUGAAGCGGCCCGGUGGCGGCGGGGGAUCUGGGCCGACGAAGAAGGUGAAGUUUAUUCUAGAGGAGGAAGAGGCGGCGGCGGUGGCGGCGGCGGCGGCGGAUGCCGGGAUGGAGGUGAGGCAGAGAAGCCAGAGGCUGGCUGGGAAUCCGCCGGGGGAUGCCUCCUGCUAGCUGCACAAGCAAACUGAUUAAUUAGCAAAUGGGCAUUUUGGUUUGGUGAUUUUGCUCGUUAGAAAAGAUCAAGUGUUGCAUUGCUCUUGUCUAAAUGUAAGAUCGUGCAAAACUGCAGCAAAGGUCGGUGCGGUUUAGGACAAGUACAAGUCCCAGGUAAUGAGAUCUGUCUCGAUCAAGUUUAUCUAGCUAGAUCUUCAGUUUUUGUUUUUGGGGACAAUCGGACAAGAUGUACCUGUGUAGUACUCCUAACUGAUAGUAACAAUUAACAACUAAUUCGAGCUAAA